AUGUCCCUCCUCGCGUGGCUGGGGUGGAGCGAGGCCCCUUCGCGCCUGUCGUCACGGAGCCCGGCUGACAUGGUGCUAGAGACGCUCAUGAUGGAGCUGGCCGGGCAGAUGCGCGAGGCCGAGAAACAGCAGCGCGAGCGCAAGCAGGCGGUACGCAAGGUGUGCACGGGCGUGGACUACAGCUGGCUGGCCAGCGCACCGCGGCCCUCCUAUGACCUCAGCCCCGGCGAGCGGCUGCAGCUGGAGGACGUGUGCGCCAAGAUCCACCCGUCCUACUGCGGGCCCGCCAUCCUCCGGUUCCGCCAGCUGCUGGCCGAGCGGGAGCCUGAGGUGCAGGAGGUGGCCCGGCUCUUCCGCACCGUGCUGCAGGAGGUCCUGGAGAGAAUGAAGCAGGAGGAGGAGGCCCAUAGGCUGACCCGUCAGUGGAGCUUGCGUCCACGCGGCAAUCUGGGCACCUUCAAGACGCGCGCGCGCAUCGCCCCCUUCGCCAGCGACAUCCGCACCAUCUCGGAGGACGUGGAGCGCGACGCGCCGCCGCCGCCCCGCACCUGGAGCAUGCCUGAGUUCCGGGAUCCCAAAGCCGACUGA